AUGGCUUAUUAUGGGUACCAAUACAAGCAGCAGUGCUAUAUUCCAGGUGGAGUGAAGUACGCCACGCCGGUCCUCACACAGUGCCACAACCCCAGUGCGGUGGGGUGCGUGUCAUGCACACCAUGUGCUUCCAAAGGCGCCAAGAUGUGCGCUGUGAGGAAGACCAUGCAGAGCAGCAGCCCUCAGUGCUCCGCACCAUGUUCCCCACAGUGCGUUGAGACACACAUUGUGGAAAGCCAGUCUUCCUCCUGUGGACCCAGGCCUCCUGAUCCGUGCACCAUGGCAUUCCCUCAGCCCCACGUGCAGGGCAGGGAACACCUCUGCGUGCCACACUGUGGACAGCCGUGCGUUACGAGAUGCCAUCAGGUGUGCGCUCCAGCUCAUGUGUACCGGCACAGCUCAUACCCUUAUUCAUACCAGUGGUCCAAUAGCUACCACUACAACUGUGGGCAGCAGUAA